AUGCACAAACGAACAACCUCCUCCACCUCCGUGGGGUUCGACCAUGUGUGUUUCGACGAAUCCGAUCAAGAGACCAUUCCCGAAGUUCCGCAGUCCCGCGCAGUCAAACCUUAUCGCUCAUUCAACGUCUUCAAAGAUGUGGCCCUGGGUACAAACGCCUUCAGCUUCUGUCUCCAAGUCCAUCCAUCAGGAGGACUUGCCCAAUCUCCAAGCCCAGUAUAUCACACACUGCGCAUCCCCUGGUAUAAACAGGGUCUGUAUCUCCCAGCAUCAUUCGACCUAUACGCCGGCGGCAAUGUCGUGAGUCGCAAAGAUCCAGCUCCCAAGUCCGAAGAUCACCGUGCACACAUCCACUACCGUGGAUUCGAGGGGCUGUUGAGUCUCCGUGCAUCGAUCGAUUUAGUUCUGGCUGAACCGGGCUCGGGUAAUGCUUCGGUGAAUGUUGCUAGGAGGGGAAUUGGUAGGACGUAUCGUGUUGAUAUUGACCAUGGGUCUGUUAGGACUUUCUACUGGAAAGGUUCUAAGACUGCUUUGUCGCUGCUGGAGAGUGGGGAGAGUGAGAGUGGGAAUGGGAAUUUGAAGUUCUUUGCUGCGGAUGCGCCGGGGGAUAUUCUUGCUGUAUGGCAGAAUAGAACUGAUCGGCAGAUCUUGGGGUCUUUGUUUGUUAUUGCUGAGCUGGAUGCUGGGACUGAUGGGGUGCUUGAGGGCUUGGUGGCCAGUUGUUUGGGUGUAGUGGUUGCUGAAAGGGUUUCUGGGCGAGGGUGGGUAGGUGGGUUAGGCAAGUCCAGAGGUAUUUAG